AUGUCUUUCGCCAGAGCUGCUUCCAUUCGCGCCACCCUCCGAGUUUCGGCGCGCCGGACCAUUCGGCCCCAUUUCCGUCCUCAGUUCGCCCAGAGGACCUAUGCCAGCCAACAUGGCGCGAAGCCUCAGAGUGAGCUCCCUCUCCCGUCCCCUAAGAGCCACGCCGCUCACGCUGGACACGCGGAAGAAAAGCACGAGGAGCCUGAGAAGACUGAGAAGCCUGAGAAGCCUGAGGAGAAGCCUGAGGAAGAGGAGAACAAGGACGGCAGCCCCGAGGAGAAGUCCGAAGAGAAGUCCGAGGACGAGCCUAAGGAAGAACCCGAGGAGAAGGAGGAGAAGCCCGACUCCGAAGAGAAGCCCCAGAAGGACUCGAAGGAGGACUCCAAGCCUGAGAAGGAGGAAAAGUCCGACAAGCCCAAGGAGGAGUCCAAGGACGACAAGAAGUCCGACGACGACUCCAAGAAGGAGAACAGCGAGUCCGACGACAACAAGGAUGACAAACCCAAGGACGAGAAGAAGGAAGAGUCCAAGGACGACGAGAAGAAGGGCAACUAA